AUGGAUUUGGCGGAGACAAUGAAGAGUGUUUUAGCGAAGAGUACUGGUAGCGCUGGUGGCGCUGCGGCGAGCUCAUCUGGAGCCGCUGCGCCGCACGGUGCUGAAGGAUACGUCACUGAAAAGCUUUAUAUGCUACUACAGUUAUAUCUUCAAAAUAAGGGUUGGAGUCCAAGCAUAGAGCUGUUACAGUGUUUCAGUGAUCUCAAGGAAUCUUCUAUGUUACCUAGUGCAGCUUAUUUACAAAUGAUGGCAUCUAGAGUUGGAUUAGACACACAAGGAAGGUUAAUAUUACGUGAAAAUGGAAAGAUUAUCCUUCCCUAUGAACAUUUUGCUAAUGCAGUAAUGUUGAAGCAUAUGAAUGGCCCACAUGGGUUACAUCUUGGCCUGGAAGCCACAGUUCGGGCAGUAGUUGAAUCAUAUACUAUAGGAAGAGAGCAGUUUGGUAUGGAGAAAGAGUUUAUAAUAGAAGUGGUCCAGAACUGUCCUAACCCUGCAUGCCGCUACUACAAAAAUCAACUGGAGAUGACACAAAAAUCUAUUCAGCAACACUUAUCUCAACAGCCUACUUAUAUUCCAGAUGCGGGCAGUUCUAACCUGUCCGACAGUCAGGCAGUGGAGCGGUUACUGAGGGGCUCGGCCCUGGCACAGGACUACCAGCUUCCCAUAGCACCGCACCUCGCCGCUCUCACUGGGCUAACUGGUGACAAAGCAGACCGCCGCUCUCAAGAUAAACUGUCGCAGCACCAACAGAUGCUACUGCAACACCAGAACAGGUCAAUGGCUCAUCAGUCUUCUGUGGAUAAGUACAGCCACUCACAACAACGCUCUUCGGCCUCCUCUCAGUCUAGUCUGGAGACUAAAUCUAAACAUCACUAUUCUGAUGAGCACAAACUCACCGACUUUUUGAGAGCGAAUUUAGAGAGUUUGGAAGGGCUGUCGAGCGGCGGCGGAGUGGGCGGUGGCGUGAGCGGUGGAGUGGGGGGCGGAGCGGGCGGCGGCGGCGCGGCGGCGGGCGCGGGCGCGGCGGCGGCCGGCGGCCAGGAGCGCGUGGUGCGCGCCUUCGCCGAGCUGGCGCGCAACCUGCAGCGCAUGCGUCCCUGCGUGCGCCCCGCCAUGUGCAAGCCCUACGGCAAGCAGAGCGAGCAGCUGCAGAAGAUUCUGUUGGACACGAUUCAGCUCGUGCAGUCAUUGAGAAGUUACUUGCCGCCGCCUCACAUUCAGGUCACCUCGUGGAAGAACGAUGACAAACUGCGUUCAAACAACAUGGAGGAGUUGGAAAGCCGUAAGAUCGUAAGCGGCAACUAG